AUGUCGCUGUUUAACGACCUGGACGACUAUAAACUGCACACUGAAUUUUGCACCAACCCAAAUAUACUCCUACACCGAUCGUACCGUGCUGACCGGGCCCGUGGCAGGCAGAGGAUCGCUAUUCAGGAAGAAUGGGCCCCGCAAAAGCCACCGUUGGGCGUGGGACAAUUUGGCGUCGUUCGUCUUGAGCAACGGCAGAAAGUCUAUGGCGACACAUCAUCAGAGCAUCAGGAGCUAGCUGUCAAGCAGCUACGCAAGAUCGACUUGGACAGGAUGAGAGUUGACUUUAGGAAAGAAUUGCAGGCCUUGACCAAGUUCUCUCGAUUAAAGUUUGCACAGUCUCAGGCAUUCGUUAAAUUCUUUGGAUGGUUCGAGGACGACGACCACGUGUACUUGGCCAUGGAAUAUUUUCGAAACGGUACCCUUGAUCACUUCAUCGCCAAGGGACUAUUAGAGCAGGAUGCACAAAUUAUCGGACAGCAACUGCUAGAAGGACUGAAAAUCAUGCAUCAAGAGCAAUUCACACACAGAGAUCUUAAGCCUCAAAAUAUAUUUGUCGUUCAGCAGUCACCGUACUGGUGGGUCAAAAUCGGCGACUUGGGAAUCUCAAAGCGCGCCGCGAAGGAUGAUACUGUGUUAAGGACAAGCACAGGAACACCACUUUACCUCGCCCCUGAGGUCUUUCACUAUCUCCCGUUCCAGGACGAAGAGACCGACACCUAUACAAAUGCCGUUGAUAUUUGGUCGUUCGCCUGCGUUUUAUACGAGAUGCUAGCCUUACAAGUGCCGUUUACGGACUGGCCAAGAGACCUAGUCGCUUUCUGCCAUGGUGCCCCGUUUCCAGAUGGCCCACUGAUGGACCGUGUGUCGACUAUCGCUAUUGAUUUUGUUAAGAGUGUGCUUGUCCCGACCCCAGAAAAGCGCCCUACAGCUCAAGAAGCCUUUGGAGCGGAAUGA